AUGGAUGAAGAAACUUUUUCAGAAAAAUCUAAGACAGUAAUACAGACACCAAGACCGUCGUCGCCUAGAAAAUUCUUUGCUAGAAUAUACGGCCAUCUAGAACAACAGACAAAUACUAAAGAUAAUGCUCCAGGAUCUGAAAGUGAUUCAUCUUCUGAUGUAGAGAUCGGUGAUAAUGAAGGAAGGGAGAGUGUCCAACCUUCAUCUUUGUGGCAGCCACCACCACUACCCCUACCACUGUGCCCCCGACCAAUCUUGUUGCCACAUCAACAGUUAGCAUUUGGAGCUGGUUUAGCUGCUUUUUUGGCCCGGAGAAGACGUAAAGAGAGUCGGCCGCGAAGACAACGAACGACUUUCUCAGCACAUCAAACGUUACGACUGGAACUGGAAUAUGCGAGAGGCGAAUACGUUGCUCGGGCGAGAAGAUGUGAACUUGCUUCAGCAUUAUCUUUAAGCGAAACUCAAGUGAAAAUCUGGUUUCAAAACAGAAGGGCCAAAGAUAAAAGAAUUGAAAAAGCUCACUUAGACCAACAAUACAGACAUCUAGCAGCUGCCUCGGGAUUCUUCCCUCCAAUAUUCAACACACCGUUUGGAGCUCCGCCAUGUCCCUGUCUGCCGGUACAUCCCACAUCCAAUAUAGACAAA